AUGAUAAGAAAUCUCGACUUUAAAACUGAAAUCGAUAAAAUUAAAAAGAAGCGAGAUAAGCAACUUGUAAAAUCCACUAUCAAGCUUUUUGAAGAGAUUGAUCAACUUUAAACUGAGGAUUAAUAGUUGGCAGCAUAUUAAAUAAUAUUUGCAAUCAUUGAGAAUAUACUCAAUUAUCCUUACUUUGAAGACCUGAGAAUUAUAAGCAUUGAACAAUUAAACUAAAAUUUGCUUAUAAUAAGAGAUGCUUUAUUAAACUAACUUGAUUUAAAAGUUAAGCAAACUAUAGAUAUUUUAGAAAUAGAUGAAAAAUUUCUGAAACAGACCUCAUACAAAUUAUUUAAAAAUUGCUAUGGAGUAGAUCUUACAGCAGAUGAUGCCUUUAAAGAGAGAAGAUAGCUAUUCAUAUCUUAAGAAGAGGCAACUGAAAUAUUUGAGGUUACUUAGUGCAAGCAAUUAGAGGAAUACAUAAUUGAAAUUGGAGAGAAUACAUAGGCAUUUUAAGAAGUUUUGACUGAUUUAUUAAGAGAAAAUGUCAAAGUUGAUGAAUUUAUUGGAAUCUUGAAAAACUUGUGGGUUGAAAAUAACCUAAUGCAUAGGAUCGCAAUUUAUUAUAAGUAAUCAUUUGCAGAUGAAGUAAGUAGAGCAUUUUUGAUAGAUUAAAAAGAUAAAAAUAGCAAAUUCGCUAGGAACUUAUUAAUGAUUGAUGUGAUUGUAGCGAACCGAAUAUUUGAAUAGAGCAAUGAACAGUAUAAAUCUAUUGAUGAUUAUGUAAAAUUAUUCUGCCUAAGAGAGUAUUAUAUCCACAGUAAAGAGUAGGGAAAGGUUUUCGAGAUAGAUGAUGUAUUCUUAAUGGCUCUUGGAAAUGAUGAAGCUAAAUUUGAUAAAUUAUGGACGACUAUUAGGAAUAUUAUCAUCGAAAGAGUAUCAAGGAAGAUUAUAGUAAAUAGACCUUACAUUAGUUAGGUAAAAUUAGAAUAAUGGAUAACUUUUCCAGAGCCAGAAUAUAAUUUAUCAUAGAUGCCGACUUUUUCAUAGGCAAAAAUAGAUGAUUUACCUGAAUUAAAAGAAAAAAUACUUAGAAAAAAUACAAUGAUGGAAAGAACUUUUGGUUUUUAAUUGAAUCAAGUCUUUAGCUAAGAUAUAUUUAAAAGAUCAGAUAGUUUAGACAAAUAAAGAACAGUUAAUCAAAUAUUUUCAUAAGCAAACUUCGAAGAAUUGAAAAUUGAUGACACUCUGGAUGAGAGAAUUAAACUUGUUGUUUGGGGUAGUCCUACAUGGCUUCAUAAACUUUAGCUCGAUGAAGAUAAUAUGUACUUCAGUGUAAUCAAUGACAUUAUAAAUGAUGAGGAAAUAAGCUCAUUCCUAGAUAAAGUCUAAGUAUAUUAAGAAUUUAUCAAUUAAAAGAGCAAUAAAGAAAUAGACUAUGAGAAUGAUUUAAAGCAAUAAUUUACAUCUAGAUACAAGAAAUCUCUUGAAUCUAAUGAUCAAUAAGACGAUAAAAUUUUGUUUACUUAAAAGCAGGUAAAGAGAUUCCCUUACAAUGAGGACAUCUAUUUGUAGUUGUAUAAAGAAUUUCAAUCGAGGGGGUAUCAAGCAUCAAUAUUUAAUAACAGAUUCAAUGUUGUCGUUUAAUACUAAUAGUCAGGAAUAGAUAUUAACAUAAAAAAUGAGAUGCAUUGGAGACCAAUACAUUGUGCAGCAUACUAAGGAAGUAUCCUUAUCUUGAAACAAUUACUUAAAGAUCCUUUAUUAUUUCUAAAUGAAAGAACUAAGCAAAAUCAGACCGCAAUUUAAAUUUCUAUUGAGUAAGGCCAUAUUUAUACAGAAGAAAAUGCUACCCUACUUUUAUUAGAGAGAGGCGCUAAAUUGGAAAAGGAUUUAUGGGAUAAGUUGUUGGUAAUGGCAAUAAAUAAUGAUUUAAUGACAUAUUUCAGAUUGGCUUUCCAAAAAGAUAUCAAUAUCCAUGAUCCAUUAAAUAAAGAAAAACCAUCAUUACACAAGGCAAUUUGCAUGAAUGCUUAAAAAAUACUCUCCUUUUAUUAGUCUAUUUACUCCCCAAAAGAAUUGGAAAAAAUGAUGAAUCAACCUGAUUUUCAAGGACUUUCAGCUAAAGAAUAUGCUGACUAAAAUCAAAAUGGAGAGACUAAGGAUUUGCUAGAAAAUAUGCUAAUGGGCGAGAUAAAGAUGCAAAAGAAUGAAAGCGCAGUUUCUGUAGUCUAGAAUGACCUCUAAAAUAAACUUUUCAUUGCUAACAUGAAUCAAAAUUAGCUGCUAGCCACAAUUAAUGAACUUAGGAAAACAGACAAAAGAAGCUAGGAUAUGGAACUGGAAUAGAUUAAAACUUAGCUCUAAGUACAAAACAAAAUGAUGGUUGAGAUAACUGAGAAGAUAGAUAAUAUGCAGAAAUAGCAAUCAGAGCAAUAAAAGCAAACUUUAAAAGUUCACUAUGCUGAGGAGUCACAGGAAACAAAUGAAGACUUGGCUCAUGAGUUUAAGUUCCUGAAUAAUGAAAUUUCACAGAAUAUUAUAAAAAUAUAUAAGAAGGUUGAGUAAGUACAAAUAGAUGGAUGUGAUCAUUUUAAAUAGGUAAUCAUCAGCUUAACUUGA